AAUAGUUAUGUAUGCAAAUCGAUAAGUGGAGAUGACAUUAUAUAUGACAAUCGUGAUAACCUUAAAAGAAAUAAUAUUUACGGAUAUUCCAACAAAUAAAUAAUAUAUAUAUCCCUAAACGGCUAAACCCUAACUUGUCGCCGGGAUUUCGAUUAACAUAAUUCUGUUCACUAAAAAAGACUCUGAACAAAAAAAAAAAAGAACAGUAGUGAGAGAAAGUAAGAGAGAGAUGAGACUCUGUGGUUGACAAAACUCUUUUGCUCUCACAGAGAAAGAUAACUUAUUUUUCUUUUCUUUAAAAUAUUUGGAAACAAAAGAGACUCUGUCUGAAGAAAGCUAAAGACUUAAAGACUUGUGAUGAUUCUUGACAAAAGAAGCUGUGUCUUUGGAGAACUCUGAAGUAGAGAGACAGAGAAAGACAAAGAGAGAGACAUGGUGGGCUCAGGAGCUGGAGGAGAUAGAAGCAAAGAUGCUGUAGGAAUGAUGGCACUUCAUGAAGCACUUAGAAGCGUCUGUCUUAACUCCGACUGGAUUUACUCUGUUUUCUGGACCAUUCGUCCCCGACCGAGGGUCCGUGGUGGUAAUGGUUGCAAGAUUGGUGACGAAAGUGGCAGCUUGAUGUUGAUGUGGGAAGAUGGGUUUUGUGGUGGAGGAAGUUGUCUGGAAACAGACAUUGAAGGUGAAGAAGAUCUUGUCAGAAAAGCUUUCAGCAAAAUGUCCAUACAGUUAUAUAAUUAUGGAGAAGGGUGGGUACUGGAUUGAUGGGUAAAGUUGCUUCUGAUAAAUGUCACAAGUGGGUUUUCAAAGAACCAUCUGAAUCUGAACCAAAUCUUGCUAAUUACUGGCAGAGUUCUUUUGAUGCUCUUCCUCCAGAAUGGACCGACCAAUUCGAAUCAGGAAUCCAGACAAUUGCUGUGAUUCAAGCUGGACAUGGUCUGUUACAACUGGGUUCUUGCAAGAUUAUUCCAGAAGAUCUUCAUUUUGUGCUGAGGAUGAGGCAAAUGUUUGAAUCAAUUGGUUAUAGAUCAGGUUUUUACCUCUCGCAGCUCUUCUCUUCAAACCGAACCGCGACUACUCCAUCUUCUUCUUCGGUUCCAAACCAGAUACCUCAGUCUCAAGCUUUUAACUGGGGAUCACACUCUCCUUUGUUACCUUCCCCUAGUUUUCAGAACCAACUACCUGCAUCAGCCCGAUUCGGUUUUCUUCAAGAUACCAAUGUUCCUCCUCAGAUGCUUCCUCCAAUGGAAGAACACGAAGACGACAUCAAAUGGCCUAACGGCUUGUCGUUGUUCAAUGCGUUGACUGGCCGUGCAGACGAAGCUAGUAGGCUUUUGUUUAACCAAGAGCAGAACCCGAUGAAUGUCGAAAACCAGAACGAGUUCUUGAAUCUUGAAGGUCAUCAUCCUAACAAGUUUAGAAGAAGCUUUACAUUGCCAGCUAGAAUGGAUUCUUCUUCAUCAUCAACCUCGCUUGAUCAGCAACCACCACUGGAGUUUAGGAACAAUAACUCCGGAAGCAACUCGGGUUUGUUCCCUGACGUUAUGGAGACGUUCUUGAGGUGAUUGACAAGUUCAAGAUUCAGAGUUAAGGACAGAUAAAACGGAAUGCUUUGGAUGCUAGUUUUUAGCUUUUGCUUUCUAUAAAUAUAUGAACUAUGUUUGUUGUUUCUUGUUGUUGUUGUUGUUAUGUACCAUAUUGUCUGAUUGUUUCUCCUUUUAUGUCAAAACUCUUUUAACAUUUGAAGAUACUUUAAAAGCACAUUAUUGA